AUGGUUGGAAGUGGAGAAGUAGCCAGCGAGCAAGCGGCAGCGGCCCGCGGCGACGAUGAACCAGCACCGGUCGAAUCUGACCAAGCGGGACGCAUUGCCAACGAUCUGGAAGGCAGAAGGAGUUGGGCUACAAGUUGGGGAAACUACAGCACUGAUGCCUCAUCCCACUAUGCUCGAUCGUGGAACGGCAACGAGGCCGACGAUGGCUUCGGUGGCGGAGACAACCGGCGAGGCGACCUAGAUCUCUUCGAGCAGGCCUCGGCAAUUGAGAAGGAGUCUGGAGAGAUCUCUGGGUGGAUGGUCGAGCGAGAGUCCAUGGACG